UUCCGGCCGCUCUUCACCCACACCUCCAGCCGCCACAUCAUGCCGGGGCUCCUGCUCGGACAGUUAUUCCCUGACUUCGAGGCAGAAACCACUGCUGGGACCAUUAAACUCCAUGAAUUUUUCGGCGAUUCAUGGGGAAUCCUCUUCUCCCAUCCUUCAGACUACACUCCGGUCUGCACCACAGAGCUGGGCCAGGCGGCCCGGCUGAGCGCAGAGUUCACCAAACGCAACGUGAAGAUCAUCGGUCUGUCCAUCGACUGCCUGGACGACCACCUCGGCUGGACCGAGGAUAUCCUGGCAUACAACGGCGAGGAGGCCGGCUGCCGUUCGCUGCCCUUCCCCAUCAUCGCGGACAGUAAACGGGAGCUGGCAGUGGCGCUGGGCAUGCUGGACCCAGACGAGAAGGACGAAGCCGGCGUGCCGCUCAGCGCCCCUGCGUGAGUCUUCAUCAUCGGUCCUGACAAGCGGCUGAAGCUGUCGCUGCUUUACCCGGCCACCACGGGGCGCAGUUUCACCGAGAUCCUGCGAGUGGUGGACUCGCUGCAGCUGACGGCGGCGAAGCGCGUGACCACGCCCGCCGACUGGAAGCCUGGACAGUGUGUCAUGGUCCCUCCCAGCAUGUCUGAGGAGGACGCCGCUGCUGCGUUCCCCGCCGGCAUCUUCACCAAAGACCUGCCGUCCGGGAAGAAGUACCUGCGCUACACACCUCAUCCACACCCCCCGUCUCCAUGACCCGUCUCCAUGACCUGUCUCCACACCCCCGUCUCCAUGACCUGUCCCACACCCCUGUCUCCAUGACCUGUCUCCACACCCUGUCUUCAUGACCCUCUGUCUUCUACACCCGCUCUGUCUCACAGGCUGCCCUUCAGUGCAGCUGAUCUCAGGUCAGGACUUGCGGUUUAAGAACCCCAGUCGCUAACUGUACCAAAAGUUUCCAGAUCAUCCACCCUUCUUCUCCAAAACUGUGGAAAUACCCAAUUUUACUUAAUAUUAAGAAUUAUUUAAAUGUUGGUCAGAUGGGGUGCUUUGCACACUCUCAUAGUCGGUUAUCGGUCUUCCUCUUUUCUUCUUUUGGCAGUGGUGCUUUGUUUACUGUGUUCUCCGAACCAACGGUGCGAGUAAAGAAGCUGUUUGUUCCUGGC